AUGGGCCGUAAAGCAAUGGCCGAUGGGCCGUACAUGCGCGGACCGGUAUAUGGGCUGAAUGGCCAUGUCCUAACGGACUUUCCUUCCUCUUCCUCUCAAUUCCGCCUCUCCGUUUUUUUGUACAUUAAAAAAAAAAAAAAAAAAAAACUCAAAUUCCUUUCUACAGUUAUGGCGAACGAAGACGAGUUUCAAUCCUCGACGGAGGACCUAUCACAGCAAUCUCAGGACUUCAAUUCAGAGACUUACAUGGCUGGAUUCGUCAUCGCGAAUAUAGUAGGGUUACAGUACUAUUCAGGCCGAAUCAACGGCCGAGAGAUGGUAGGACUAGUUCGUGAGCCUUUAAACCAGUACGAUAAAAACGCAAUCAGAGUACUUAACACAAGAUCCGUUCAAGUAGGGCACAUCGAGCGUGCUGUAGCCGCAGUUCUCUCGCCGUUGCUAGACUCACACAUGAUCGUCGCCGAAGGUAUCGUACCCAAUACUCGUUCUAACUCCAAUAGGUUUAAAAUCCCGUGUCAAAUCCACGUUUUCGCUAAGGUAGAAGCGUUACCAGUUGUGAAAUCGACGAUUUCGCGGGCCGGGUUAGUGUUGAUUUCGGAUUCGGAUCCUUCGUUUGGGUUAUCGGAGGCUGUUGUGGUUAAAGAACUGAUGGGUAAUGGUGGAGAGAAGAAGAAGAGUAGUGUUGAUAAGGUUUUUAAGUUAGUUGAUGAGAAUGUUAGACAGAAGGAGAGAAUGGUUAGUGUUGAGCCGCCGAGGGAAGUGAUAAAAUCAGAACUUUUUGCUCAUCAGAAAGAAGGAUUGGGUUGGUUACUCCACAGGGAGAAGUCUGGUGAGUUGCCUCCGUUUUGGGAAGAGAAAGAUGGAGAAUUUUUAAAUGUUUUGACUAAUUACCGCAGUGAUAAGCGGCCUGAAUCUUUGCGGGGAGGUGUGUUUGCUGAUGAUAUGGGCUUAGGUAAGACACUUACAUUGCUUUCACUCAUAGCUUUUGAUAGAUUUGGUUAUGAUGCCACCAGUACGAAAACUGAAGAACCUGUGGAAGUAGUACAAGGAGACAAGAAAGGUAAAAAGAGGGGAAGAGGUAAGAGCAGUGAGAGCGUAUCCAAGAAGAAGCGUAUAUCUGAUGAUGUUAAUGUGUCUCAGAAGAAGACAACGUUGAUUGUUUGUCCACCUUCUGUGUUUUCAGCAUGGAUUACACAGCUAGAGGAGCAUACUGUACCUGGAAGCUUGAGAGUGUAUAUGUAUCACGGUGGGGAAAGAACAGACGAUGUUAACGAGCUUAUGAAGUACGAUAUAGUGCUGACUACUUACGGUACUUUGGCUGUUGAAGAAUCGUGGGAUGAUUCUCCUGUCAAGAAGAUGGAAUGGCUGAGGAUUAUUCUUGACGAGGCACAUACCAUUAAGAAUGCAAAUGCUCAACAGAGCCGAGCGGUUAGUAAUUUGAAAGCUUCCCGCAGAUGGGCUGUGACAGGAACUCCUAUUCAGAACGGUUCUUUCGAUUUGUACUCUCUGAUGGCUUUUCUUCGGUUUGAGCCUUUUUCGAUUAAGAGUUAUUGGCAAAGCUUGAUACAACGUCCGCUUGGUCAAGGUAACAAGAAGGGACUUUCUCGCCUCCAGGUUUUAAUGGCGACAAUCUCGUUGCGUAGAACAAAAGAACAGAGUUUGAUAGGUUUACCAUCUAAGAGUGUUGAAACUUGUUACGUUGAGCUUUCUCAUGAAGAACGUCAGUUAUAUGAUCACAUGGAAGGAGAAGCUAAAGGUGUUGUGCGUAACCUCAUAAACAAUGGAAGCUUGAUGCGAAACUACUCAACGGUUUUGAGCAUAAUCUUACGUCUUAGACAACUUUGUGACGACUUAUCUCUAUGUCCUCCAGAAUUAAGAUCUUUUACCGCUUCUAUAUCUAUCGAAGAUGUGACUGAUAAGCCAGAGCUGCUACAAAAGCUAGUUGCGGUAUUGCAAGAUGGCGAAGAUUUCGACUGUCCGAUUUGCAUUUCGCCACCAAAAGACAUCAUCAUCACUCGAUGUGCUCACAUCUUUUGCAGAGCUUGUAUUCUCCAAACCUUGGAAAGAACUAAACCUGCUUGCCCUCUUUGCCGUGGCCCUCUAACUCAAUCGGAUCUGUACAACGCUCCUCCAACUCCUCCUUCGGAUACUUCCAAUACCGACGGAGAAGACACAAAGGCGUCGAGUAAUUCCUCAAAGGUCUCGGCUUUACUCUCGCUGUUGAUCGCGUCAAGACAAGAAAACCCAAACACAAAGUCUGUUGUAUUCUCUCAGUUUAGGAAAAUGAAAAUGCUGCUUCUACUCGAAAAACCGCUGAAAGCUGCGGGUUUCACUAUCUUACGGUUAGACGGAGCAAUGACUGUGAAGAAACGAACCCAGGUCAUUGGAGAAUUUGGGAAUCCGGAGUUAACCGGACCUGUGGUGCUACUAGCGAGCCUUAAAGCCUCUGGUGCUGGGAUUAACCUAACUGCAGCUUCAAGGGUUUACUUGUUCGACCCGUGGUGGAAUCCUGCAGUUGAAGAACAGGCUAUGGAUAGGAUUCAUAGGAUUGGACAGAAACAAGAGGUCAAAAUGAUUAGGAUGAUUGCGAGAAACAGUAUCGAAGAACGGGUUCUUGAGCUCCAACAGAAGAAGAAGAAUCUUGCAAAUGAAGCUUUUAAAAGAAAGCGUGGUAAAGAUCAAAGAGAGGUUAACGUUGAAGACGUUAUUGCUCUCAUGUCUCUCUGAUAUCUCUCAAUCAUACCGGUUUAUUCCUUAACGGUUUUUUUUGUUUUGUUUUUUCUUUCUUCUGUUUCCAGAUAGUUUAUCUUUCUAACUAGUAAGGUAGAUGCGUUUCUCGGAUGUUGUUGAAAUUAGUUCAUGGUAAUCUUGAAAAUUUCCGGUUUACUUUG